AUUAUUAUUUUUCUUGGAGAAAAAAACUAUUUAUCCAAAUAUUAUAUAGAAAAUUCCUUUAUAGUUUUGAGAUAAGGCGAACCAAAGUACAGUAAAUACCAGCUAUGGCUCUCCGCGUCAACACAUUCACCCUCUCUUCGACUUUACCUAAGAUAGAAUUAAGAGCUGGAAAUUCAUGGAGCCCGAGCCUGAGUGUUAACUCGCAGAUGGUAAUCCAAAUGCGAAAGGAAAGUGGUGGACGAAGAAUCUGGAGGCGAAGGAAAAUGAUAAAAAAGGAUGAAUCUCUUCCCUACAAAAUGGAGCGCAUUCCUUUUCUCGAGGAGCAGGUGAGGAAGAUAAAGGAUGAGGGAAAACUCUUGCAAUUGGACAUAGAGAGGUUACUGUUAUCAGAAGAUAAUAAGUAUGAUUUUGUGAAUGAGAUAGCAGCCGAGGCCAAUGCUUAUGUUGAGAGCAACAUGGAUGAGUAUGGAGGUGAGAAGAAAGCCAUUCUUCAUGUUUUGAGUAAUCGGGUGAAUGAUGCCGGAUUUUACCGUUCAGAGGCGUAUGCUGAGUCUGAUCCCUUCAAACCUGGGCCUCAUUAUUUGAAAGAGUUUUAUACAUAACUUUAGAUAACAGUUCUUAAGCUAAGAUGUUACAUUAGGGAUAAUAACUUGUUUCUUUGAUUCACUUAGCACAGUUGAUGCCUUCAUGUCUGUCUAAGUUAGCCGCAGUUGUUUGUAUGCAUGCAAAUCAAAGUCAUCGAGAGCACGUGGAAAUCUAAUUCCGUAUCUUGUGCAUUGGAAGAACUAUUACUAUUCUCAAUUUCUCAUAGUAUUCAUCCUCUCUUUUAAUA